UCACGACUCACCUUCUGCCACGAUGGCCGGCGGCCUCGACGGCCUGAAUCAUGCGGGGAGAGAGAGCGUGAGGGAGGGAGGGGACCUCCGACGGUGCGGCGUGGAGGUGGGGGCGAUGCCGCGGCAGGCCGUGGGCACGCAGGUUUGGGUGGCGGUGAAACAAUGGAGAGGCUGGCGAGGGGAAGAGAGGGCGGCCCCGGGCGUGGGCGGAUCUUCGGGCGGAGAGCUGGAGAAUCUCCGUCGUCAGUCGUCACACGGGCUCUAUUCACUUCCUUCACGGUUCACGGCGGCGGCGGCGGCCUUCCUGAUCCGGUUCUACAAGCUGCGCAAUGGCUGCAGAUUAACCAUUCUAACUUAUAAGAUUUUGCGGAGAACUGAGUGCCUUCGCAACAGCGUGUGAUUGGUUGAGCUUAUGAGAGGGAUUGGGGAAUCAGUUCACUGGCCUUUUGUCGAACAAGAAGACCUUGGUCCGAUGAGCACUCCAAGGGACAGUUCCAUAGCUUGUCUCAGUCCUGAAGAGGUGAGCUUGGUACUCUGAUAUUGGCGCUUCUGCCACCGUUUCGUUUGGUUAAUUUGUGUUCAUUGCUGGCUCUUUCUGAUGUGUUUAGAUUACAUCCGUGUGAGGUUGGUCUUUUGUGUUGAUAUCCUUUGAAUUUGCAUAUGUAAUAGGCUCAUUUACACAGACAUUUGUGUUUGUGUGUUCGUUAG